AAGUUCUGUUCUUUCUUUGGUUAGCAGCGCAGAACACAAAACUGAUGCUUCCGCACUGCUUCCUUGUUUAUUAGUUUUGGGGAAAACAGUACCUUUAGAAGACAAAACCCUAAUUGUUCUUUCUCUGGAAACGGCGGGAACUCAUCCACAAGAUUUUCGAACUCCCAGAUAUCUGAAGUGCUCUCACAGAAGAAGCUGUCCACUUUUGAUUUCCAGGAGUAAAUAGGGAUCUGAGUUUCACCACAACCAAGUCUGAGUUUCUGGUCUGAAUGGCCACAGCUGCAGAUGAGCCUCCAGGGCUGCAGGGCCCCUCUGGCUAUUCGCCUGGAACUCGAAAAAAUGCUUCACCCGAGGGUCCAAGCACCAGCAUGUCUCAGACCAUGAAAAAGACUAUUGGCCAUCGUGGAAUCGAUCCCACUGGGGAGACAACAUACAAGAAGACAACAUCAUCGGCCCUGAAAGGUGCUAUCCAGUUGGGCAUCACGCACACUGUUGGCAGCUUAAGUCAUAAACCUGAGAGAGACGUGCUGCUUCAGGACUUUGAAGUUGUGGAAAGCAUCUUCUUUCCCAGUGAGGGCAGUAACCUGACACCAGCCCAUCACUAUGGAGACUUCAGGUUCAAGACGUACGCCCCAAUUGCCUUUCGCUACUUCAGGGAGAUGUUUGGCAUUCGGCCUGAUGAUUACAUGUACUCUCUGUGCAAUGAGCCGCUGAUCGAGCUGUCAAACCCUGGGGCCAGUGGAUCUCUCUUCUACCUCUCUAGUGACGACGAGUACAUCAUUAAGACAGUGCAGCACAAAGAGGCCGAAUUUCUGCAGAAACUGCUUCCAGGAUACUUUAUGAACCUGAACCAGAACAAGCGGACCUUACUACCAAAGUUUUAUGGACUGUACUGUGUCCAGGCAGCGGGGAAGAACAUCCGCAUUGUAGUCAUGAACAAUCUACUCCCGAGCUCAGUACGAAUGCAUCUCAAGUAUGAUCUUAAAGGCUCCACCUAUAAGCGACGAGCCUCAGCUAAAGAGAGAGCUAAGAAAGUGCCCACGCACAAGGACCUGGAUUUCAUGCAGGACAUGCCUGAGGGCCUGUUAAUGGAGGGGGACAAGUACAGUGCUGUUUGCAAGACCAUCCACAGAGACUGUCUGCUUCUGCAAAGUUUUAAGAUUAUGGAUUACAGCCUUCUAAUGGGAGUCCACAAUCUAGAUCAGGCUUGUCGAGAGCAGGCCAGCGAAGAGGCGGUAGCUGGGGCUGCGGACCAAAGGAGGCCACAAAUCCAAAAGUCGCUGUACAGCACUGCUAUAGAGGCCAUCCAGGCUGAGGCAGGGAACAUGGGAUCUCUGGACACAGAGGACAAAACUGGAGGCAUCCCAGCACGAAACUCUAAAGGCGAGCGGCUGCUGGUGUAUAUCGGUAUCAUUGAUAUUCUGCAGUCUUAUAGAUUUGUAAAGAAACUUGAACACUCCUGGAAAGCUCUGGUCCAUGAUGGGGAUACGGUAUCGGUACACAGACCGGGUUUCUACGCAGAACGAUUUGAGAAGUUUAUGUGCGGUGUAGUCUUCAGGAAGAGCUUAUUAAAGACCUCCCCAUCUAAGAAGCGUCGUGCAGUGUCACAUGGUCCUUUGAAAAAGGCAGCUGGCCCUGGGACUGCUCUGUAUAACAGCAGCAACAACCAGCACCAUCUACUCCAACAACAAGUCAGUUCUGAGACCAAAGAAGACUCUGAAGGAGACAAUGUCAUGCCGUCAGGUCGUCCUGACCUCCUCCCAAAGACUUUGCUUCCCAGCAGCACUGUUGGCAACACUUCUGAAACUGCCGUCGAUGUCUCCCCGGGGAAACCUGGAUUUGCUCCCACAAGUCAGCCUCACUCUCAGGAUACCAGCAGGUCAGUGGGAGUUGAUUUAAACAACCCAGUGAGCAAAGACCAGGAGCACAGCACCCCCAAGAGAGAGGCUCUUGAUGAAAGUAUUGGUGCUGAGGAUGUUAUCUCACUCAGUGACAUCGUUCCUAAUGCAAGCAAAUGCUCUGUCUAGAUGUGGGGCGGACCAGUAGACUGAACUGUAACGAGCGUGGAGGUUGUUUUGAGCAUGGAGGAAAUGGAAAACUCCCCUUGGUGUGAUUCAAGGUUCCAGAUUGGAAAAGGUUAAAGAGUGUAUCAACAAGACUAAGUAGGAUAUUAAAUGUUCUUGUUUUUGUUGAUUUUGCACUUUGAUUUCCAAAUCUCAACAUGGUAUGAACACGUAAGUGGGUGGUUGUGGUGUGACACUAGUGAUUGCAGGUACAUUAAUGCUGUGGGUAUGGAACACUAUUAUUCAUCUUGUAGGAAUGCACAACCAAACAUUUUUGAUACUGAUGUGCUCAACUCAGUCAGCAUUUGAUGUAGAGUGUAACACUAGGACACGAGAACAGAACUUUUUCAUUCAUAGUUUCUUGAAGUUCAUAGUUAUUCAGAAAUUUUCCAAAUUCCUGUAUGGAAUUCUGUCUACCAAACUGCUGGAGCACAUCCUCAUGCGUGCUUGGCUCUGUAAGUGUCCCGCCACCCAAAGGACAGAGCUAGAGGACUCUUCCUGCUAUAUGUUUGACUUAGAUGCUUUAAAGCAAAACUACAUUGGGACGAUGGUUUUAAAUAUAAACGUUUAUUUUUCAAAAAAAUGACUGUAGUCAUACAUGGUGAACUGCCAUUUUUAAAAGCUUACUCUGAAUGCAAAUAAUGCUGGAAAAAGAGAUGAGUUUGCAGUUUCUGUUUGACCAGCUGUUGUAAUGGACCUGUACUACUUUAUAGACUGUGAAUCCUAAAUGUCAUCUCUCACGUUCAGCUCAAAGGAUUAUUUCAAAUGGAGUUGUUUUUUUGUUUUUUGUUUUGUUUUGUUUUUUUUUUAUAAAUACUUGUACACUGUAUGAUCUGAUAUCAGUUUCAGGUUUAGUGUGUAGACUGGCUUAUGUCCAAAUGUGACCAAAGAACUGAUAUUCAGAUGGCUGUGGUCAAAGCACCACAAUAAAAGGUGACCCGGAGCCUGUCUCAUGAAGCAGGAUGAGUGAGUUAGUCGGCUAAGGACCUUGAGAUCGAGUUCAAACUGAGUUCUGUUAACGUUAAAAACAGGUUUUCCCAACAGUUGUGUCAGUUGCAUCAAACAGUAUAGGGUGAUUUUUAUUUCCUGAAAAGGCUAAAUGAGCAUCAACAGUUGAAAAGUUGAGAGAAUUAAGUCAACGUCAUUGACAAAGUCAAAGUUCAACAUGUUGAAUGAAAAACUGGAUUAACAAUAAAAUAUUAAAACUAAAACAGUGUUGAAAAAAUAGAUUUAUUUUUAUACAAAAUAUAACUGUUGUUUGGUAAAAGCACAUCAGCCACUGUUUCGCAGAACAAUGAAAUGUCAUUUUUAAAGCCGUCUUCCUGACAUGUAAUGUUAGCUAAACUAGCUAGCACUGGCUGAAUUUUGAGACAGGCAACUAUCAGCUAUCAUAUAGUUGCUAUUUUUUCACCAUCAAAACAUGGUGAUGGCUGCCUGGUGUAAAAGUACGAAAGACAAAACGUUUUUUUUGUAAUCACAAACCGGUAGACGUAGAAUUGGUGGUUCGAUUCAAGUGUUGCAGUGCUGUAACCUGAUGUUAUGGUUGGGUGACUUUAACUUGCCAAGUUGAACAGACUGUUUGAAAAAGUCGAGAUUUAUUAGAAUUAAUUUUUAGCCUGACAGCAUAAACGAAAUUGAAAGAUGUUCUAACUAUGCAACAGAAUGCUUUGUUCACUCCAUAUUCCUGAAUGAAUAGACUGUGCAAUACAUUAAAUAAAUUGAUCAUUUUUAGAACCAAAAUUAAAUGACCAAGCAUCAUUUGGGCAUUUUUAUACAUCCUGUAGAUGUGGAGGGUAUUUUAUUCUGUUGGCUGUAUUAUCAAAACUCAAUAUUUAAAGUGGAAUUGUGCCUUACUGUAAAAACUCCAAACCAGUUUCACAUGCAGCCUGUGAACCAAACAUGUAAGUUGUUAUAUGUAUUAUAGUAUUUAUUAUUGUAUGUGUUGCUCUGUUUCCAAAAUGUGUAUUAAUGGUGAUGAUGGAUUGAAAAUGUGCCUUUCUCUGGCACAUCAAGCCCUGUAUCUAAGACAUGCAACUCUAAGAGCUCAAAUCCUUUGUUCUUUGUGAUGAUUUAAAUUAUCAUCAUAACAACUGUUAACUGUAUUUUUUCUGUGCAUGUUAAUUCAUCUUCACUUGCUUUUGAAUUAUAUAGAAUAAAUGUUUGCACGUGGAAGAAUCACAACAAUGCCUUUUUACAGAAUGUGUAUUUAGGCAUUUUCUCUUUCUCUUUUGGGGAUGUCAUGGUUUUGUACACUUGUACCUGAAAUCAUUAAAGAAAAAAAGGCAUA